ACGCAGCUGAAACAGAUCAACAACCCCCUCUGUUAUUAGUGCAAUUGAAUCCAUGGCGCACCCUGAUAAAAGAUUGUCCCUUUAUUUGUAUUUCUUUGAGCAGUGUAGUUGGUGCUGUGUGUCAGCGAGGAGGAGUUUGCCUCAGUGAUUCUACUUCCUCUUGCCACUAAUGGGCGUUGCCUGUUCCGCUUCGGGAGAAAGGUGUGGCGAGUUCUGGAUACUGUGAAACUCCUCGUGACAUCAAGCUUCUUCUCCUUCUGAGUUAAAGACCUCAACCACCGCAAUGUCUGUUUGGGAUGACUUGGACCUGCUCUUAGACUCCCCCUCCUCACUGACCGUCACAUCCAACACCAAAGGGACCAUGAAGGACAAGGCCAACUUCAAGGUGGAAGAGGAUGUGUCUGCACUAAGGAAAGCCAUAGAGGGCCUCGGCACGACAGAAAAGACACUGGUCGAGGUGUUGACCCAAAGGAGUAACGCUCAGCGUCAGCUUAUUGCUCAGGCCUAUGAGAAGGCCACAGGCCGGAAACUAGUCGCUGACCUGAAGGGCGACACCCACGGUGACUUUGAGGACGUGUUGGUUGCCUUGGUAACCCCUCCCGGCGCCUACGACUCCCAGGAAGUCAUCCGAGCCAUCAAGGGAGCGGGAACUACCGAGAGCACGCUGACGGAAAUCUUUGCCUCGAGAUCCAACGGCCAGAUCAAAGCCUUAUCUGACGCAUACCUGGCAGAAACUGGAAAAUCGGUGGUUCGUGAUCUUCAGUCGGAGGUAUCUGGAGAUUACGGCAAAGCGCUGCUCAUCUUGGCCGAGGGGAAAAGAGACGAGAGCACCAAUGUGGAUGCUGCCAAAGCUAAAGCCGACGCUAAGGCGCUGUAUGAAGCGGGGGAGAAGAAGUGGGGAACCGACGAGGCAAAGUUUAUUGACAUCUUGUGCCACAGGAGCGUUCCGCAGCUUCGUCAGACUCUGGUAGAGUACAAGACUAUUAGUAAGAAGACUCUUCAGGAGAGCAUUGAGGGUGAGAUGUCUGGAGCGCUGGAGGAUCUGCUGGUGGCUGUCGUUAAGUGUGUGAAGAAUGUUCCUGCCUACCUGGCUGAGCGGAUUUUCAAAAGCAUGAAGGGUGCGGGGACCGACGAGUCCACUCUGACCAGGAUACUGGUGAGUCGCUCAGAGAUCGACCUGCUGGACAUCAGGGCGGAAUAUAAGAAGCUGUUUGGAUUCACGCUCUACUCCCAGCUAGAGGGUGAAGUGUCGGGCAGCUACGGGGAAGUCCUCAAGCGUCUCUGUGGCCAAGACGGCUAACUGCUUCCAACUCCAGUGAAGAAUUGAAGCAAAGCUUCCUAAUAGCACACGUAGUUUAGAACUAACCUUCUAGGAAUGCGGUAACGUUCCACCUGACUGCGCUGUGCAGACGGAUUAACAUUUAAGUGCACAUCCAGAUGUGGUUGAGUGUCUUAUUUGAGGUUAAACUGACAACUGUAAAAUCCACAUUUAUAUUCAAGCAGUAACACCAACAGCAGGAUUUCAUGUUAAAUAAAAAUAAUGUAUUCUAUUUGUUUGUGGAAUGAGGAAUUCAAGACAUGUUUAUAUAAUAAAAACGUUUUAUUUCA